CACCCUGGUCCCCCUCACAGAGGAGCACAGCAGUGUGACCCGCUGGAUUACAGGGAUGGAGAGCUGGGACAUAACUGCCGGGGGUCCUGUAGCUACCAUAGGCCCAGAACCCACCUGCAGAGAUGAGGAGAGGGAAACAGCCGGGAAGCCUAAUGUGGCAAGAAGCCGAGGGCAGGACCCCUUCUGCAGCCGACACCCGCUCCCAGAGAACAGCAAUGAAUGACUCCUCAGCCAUGAUGGAAGCUGCUGCUUCACUCUAACGCCGGUGAAUAUAUGGCGGAGCGGUGCAGAGGGGGUUAUAAACACUGUGGCUGUACUCCAGAUUCUGGUCCACUCCCAGGAAGUGAUGCUUCCACAUUCCCUGAGGGCUAUCUCUUAACCCUUUUCUGGCCUGAUUAACCCCUCUUGUCCCUGCAGUCAGAGCUAAGCCUAAGCGGCCAGGUAACUAUCAGGAGGCGGUGCCUGUGUGCUGAGGGGAUGGAGAAGCUUUCCCCUAAACACAGAAGUUGGUGACGAGCCCUUCAUGCCUGCUCCGGGGAGGGCGAGCACAGCUCAUUCAGUUCCUGACAGGCACAAUUGUAUCAGUGUCCUGGGACGAGCAGCUGACAGCCCUUCACACGUCUGUGGUGUCUAUCAUGGGGCAGAGCUGGGAGACGGGCGCUCAGCAGGAAGCUGUAUGAAAUAGGAGACUUCUAGAAAAGGAACACUUCCCGGUGCAUGUGCUAGAGGAGCGGGCGGAGGGCCAUGGACAAGGCGGCUCAGCAGCACAGUGGCGGGGGCAGCAGUAACAGUAGCAGUCGGAGCAGCAGCAGAGCCACCUCCGCAGGCUCCUCACCUUCCUCCGGUGCCCGGGGGCUGCUGGCAGGACCUGCUGGGAGACUGAACCAACCGCAGACUGUGGCAUUGGCAGCAGCUGGAAAGCUGGAUGGGGCAACCUCAAGGGAGCAGCAGAAACAGACCAUAGAGGGGGUGCUGAGCAAGUACACCAACCUGAUCCAGGGAUGGCAGAACAGAUACUUUAUAUUGGACUUUGACUCUGGAAUUCUGCAAUAUUUCAUCACUGAAGCUAGCAAAACUCAGAAGCCUCGAGGAUCUUUGUCUCUUGCUGGGUCUGUAAUUUCUCUGAGCGAUGAGGCCCCCUAUAUGAUAGUUGUAAAUUCUGCUAGUGGAGAAGUUUAUAAACUCAGAGCUGCGGAUUCCAAGGAGCGACAAUUUUGGUUGGCUCCGCUUCAAGCAUGUGCCAAACACCAUACAGAGUCCAAGAGCUCAUUGUCUCAGAGAGCAAGAAGCUUUUCAUUGCUUCCCCAUGGAUCUACCAAUUCCUCAUCCCCUGGGAGCCAAAGGCACCUGACACAUGGUACCCCGAGUGUUGUUACCAUCACACAUCACAAGUCCCCUGCAGCAGCCCGAAGAUCCAAGAACCAGAAUCCUGCCCAUCUGCAUGAAGUGAAAGAGGUCAUGGCUGAGGUAGAGGGGCAGCAGAAGAAUCUGGUACAUGCCAUUGAAUCCCUUUCAGGCUCCGGCCCUCUCUCUGCCUUGGAUCAGGAUUUACUCCUGCUGAAAGCUACCUCAGCUGCCACCCUCAGCUGCCUUGGAGAAUGCCUCCACUUACUACAGCAGAGUGUUUAUCAAGCUGGGCAGAACAGCAAGCCUGUAAUGUCAGAAAGCAUCCUGGGAUGGCAUGGACCAAUGUCGCAUUCUACAGAAAAUCUAAAUAAUGGAAGUUUUAGCUCUCUUCCAACUGCUACUGCCAACCUCACUUGGCCAAUAUUACCAAGCAUGCCUAAAGACUAUCAAAUACUAAAUCAAGAUUUUGAGGCUGGUCCUCCAGAGGCUGAAGAUGAACUGACGGACACAGAAGAUAAUGAGGAAAAAGAUUUAGGCGUCAUGGAUGAUCAGCGCAGUGUAAUCCUCCACCUUAUCUCACAGCUCAAGCUUGGAAUGGAUCUUACCAAGGUAGUUCUACCAACCUUUAUUUUGGAGAAAAGGUCCCUGCUAGAAAUGUAUGCAAACUUCAUGGCACAUCCCGAUAUGUUUUUGUCCAUUGCUGCAGGGACAACCCCCGAGGAACGCAUGAUCUGUUUUGUGGAAUAUUACUUGACAGCCUUCCAUGAAGGUCGUAAAGGAGCAGUUGCUAAGAAACCCUAUAACCCAAUUAUAGGUGAAACAUUUCACUGCAGUUGGGAUGUCCCCAGGAAUAAAGUGAAACCUUGUAGAAUUCAUUGUGCCUCUGUACAAGCCAAAGAAAUGAACACCACCCAGGGAUCUGAAAAUGAAUCCUACAAAGUGCGUUUUGUGGCUGAACAAGUCUCUCAUCACCCUCCUGUUUCCUGUUUUUAUUGUGAAUGCAAAGAAAAGAUGAUGUGCGUAAAUGCUCAUGUAUGGACCAAAAGCAAAUUUCUUGGAAUGUCUGUUGGUGUCUCGAUGAUCGGAGAAGGUGUACUCAAGCUGAUGGAAUAUGGCGAGGAAUAUGUAUUUACUCUUCCCAGUGCCUAUGCUCGUUCUAUACUCACUGUUCCCUGGGUGGAAUUGGGAGGGAAAGUCAAUAUUACCUGUGCCAAGACAGGAUAUGCCGCCACAGUAACAUUCCAUACCAAGCCUUUUUAUGGAGGAAAGGUGCACAGAGUCACAGCUGAGGUUAAGCACAAUCCCACCAACAUAAUAGUUUGUAAGGCUCAAGGAGAGUGGAAUGGAGCUCUGGAAUUCACAUACAACAGUGGAGAGACCAAAGUUAUUGAUACUACUAAGCUUUCAGUUAUUAAGAAAAAGAUUCGACCUUUGGAGAAACAAGGACCCACUGAAUCAAGGCGUAUUUGGGAAAAUGUUACCAAUGCCCUAAAAUCAGAUAACAUUGAGGUAGCAUCCGAGCACAAGCACCAACUGGAAGAAAGACAGAGGGCAGAAGCAAGGCAGAGGGCGUCUACUAACACUCCAUGGAAGCCAAAGUAUUUUAUCCAAGAGGGUGACAGCUGGGUAUAUGUGAGUCCUCUCUAGAAAACUCACUGACCACCAGACUUCAAGCCUCCCAAGCAGCUCUCCAGUGCUCCAUAUAGAAGGCAAAUGCUCCCACCAUGAGCAUACACAUGGCAGAAGAAACCUGUGAACACGUUGCUGCAGCUGCUAGCUUAUCAGUAUAUUCAAAAGCCAUUAUAUUUCUCCAAAUAUGUAGAUGUAUAAAAAUAUAUAUAUUAAGGAACUCUCUGUAUCAAUGCUCACAUAUAAAUAUAUGUAUAUACACUAGGUAUCCAGGUUUUAUAAGCCAUUUUGAUGUUUUAUUUGCCAAAUGAUUCAGCAUUCUAAAACUAAAAAGACAACUUUUACCUACUUUACAUAUUACUGAUUUUAUCAGAUUUUAGCAUAAUCAUAGAAAGAGAACAUGAGACAAAGUCACCAAAAAAUCAGGUAAUGCCUAUAAAUGUAAGCCAUUGCAUUAUGCUCUUAAAUAUACUAGGAUGUGUCUUGAUUUUCUUCACAGAUAUAGGAUGCUGCUCAUUUUUUUUUAACAGACCUGAAUAACAUAGAAAGCUGCAUUUUCAGACCCAUUAGACCCUUCAUCGUAAUACUCUGCUCCCUAUGUGUCAGUAUAUACUGUAAGUUUGCCAUGGCUGCAAAAUUAGAGUGAAAGAUACAAUAUGUGAGGCACAGAUAGAACAGAUAAAAAUAAAGCCAGAAAUAAAUGGUAAAAUAAAAUGUAAAAAAUCAAGUGAUUACCACCUGUGAGCAAUGACAGCAACCAAUGAAGGUGGUGGGGACUCAUUGAAUAGCUAUUUAAAUAUAUAUUGAAUAAAAUGUGUUGGAUUCUAUAGUUUUAUUCAUGCAGAAAUUAAACAAUUUUAUAUUCCAAGUAGAUUAUAUGAACCCUUGCAAAUGCUGUUGAGCCAAAAUGUUAAAUAAACUAAAUCUUGUGGGGUAUGAGAUCUGUAUGUAUCUAUAUGCCUUAAUAUAUUAUUAUUGUCCUUUUGUGGUUGUGUACAAUACAGGGCUAUAACAGGACCAUGUGCAGGAGGUCUUAAGGUGCCCAUACACCUUGGAGUAAAAUUGGCUAGACCUGACCUCUGUCUAAAGAGUAUGUGGGCCUCCCUACUUGCCACCAACAGAUGAUAAAAGUGGAGAUAAGGGAUUAGUCCUCCGGGAUUUUAACUGCCCGAUUCUAUUGUUUUGAGAGAAAGUUGCCACCAGAGCUAGCUGGCUAUAGCUUACCCCAUUCCUCUAUAGAGAACACAUGAACGUUCGACAAACGAAUCAGGAAAACAAAUGUUAUUGAAAUGUAAAGCCACCUUUAGGCUGGUUCCAGAAGACAACAUUUAAGCAUUUUGUUACAACCUCAAUAUACUGACUUCCUGCAGAACUUAUAUCAAUAUAGAGCAACAUGGAGAUUUCAAGGUCCUUUUACAUAGGGUGACCCUGACCCAAUAA